UCUUUUGGGUCUUCAAGACUGGCUAGCCUCUUCAGCCAUUGCUGUAAACAUCUGUUGUCAGAAUCCCCUAUCUAUGUGUGGCACAACAUUAUGCUAUAUUAAAUGGACUGACAUUACAAAUUGCACUUUACCUUCGACAAACAUAUCCAGAGCUUGGGCUGUAAAAUCUCUUCAUAUUCAUCACAAGACCACUGCACUAAUGAUGGCCUGGCAUAAAGUAACUACAAGUGGGGAACAUUUGGAAAACACUGUGACUGAGAGCAUUACCGUCUGGGAGCGGAUUCGAGCUUCAUCUGCCAGUAGGUUUUUUCAAGAGAAUACACUUGGUAAUAAUGCAUUAGAGACGACCACAGUUUUACCUGUGCAAAUACAGCUUACUCCUGUUAACUUGAACUUGGAAAAAAACAGUGCUCUACCAACUGAUGCCUCUUCUGUGUCAGGAAAAACAUCUCUAAUUUGUACCCAAGAAGUUGAGAAGUUGAAUGAGGCGUUUGACAUUUUGCUAGCGUUUUUCAUCUUAGCUUGUGUUGUAAUCAUUUUUUUGAUCUACAAAGUUAUUCAGUUUAAACAAAAAUUAAAGGCACUAGAAAACUCAGUGGAAAAUAGGCUUGAGUAUUACAGCUUUUAUCAGUCAGCAAGAUAUAAUGUAACUGCCUCAAUUUGUAAUACCUCCCCAAAUUCUUUGGAAAGUCCUGGCUUGCAGCAGAUUGGACUUCAUAAACAAAUUGUUCCUGAAAACGAGGCACAGGUCAUUCUCUUUGAACAUUCUGCUUUAUGACUCAAUUAAAUAUUGACUAUAAAAAAUCCUGUAGUGCCAUGUGGAUAUAAAAUUUAAUCUUUCUUACAGAAUUAUAUACUUUACUUGGAAAUAUAAAUUAUAUGAUGUUAGGAUUAUUAAAAUGUAUGUUAGUAAUUUGAAUAAAGUGUAUUUAUUCUGCAUAUAAUUUUCUUUGAUUCUGUAACAAGAUAAGUAGCCAACUUUCUGGGUACUGAACAGCAUGUUAAGUAUGUGAUAUGUCACAAAUGAUGUUUAUUUCUAAAGUCUUGUAAGGCUGUACUAUCUAUAUUUAAAUUACACAGAAGGAAAAAUAGGGAGAGAGAGUUUAAGUAAUUUUCCAGAAUUCUCAUGACUUAUGACAUGUUGUAAGUCCAUUUGACUUGAGCUGAAGCUUUUAAUUUUAUGUUUUAUUGGUGCCUAGGCACUAAGCUUAUAUAUAAUUUUUAAAAAUUAGAUGUGAUUCCUAUUCUUGGUUGAACUUGAAUCUAGAAGAAGACACAUGAUUGCUGUGCAGUAUGCUAAGUGCUGUUUGUGGAAGCACCUUUGGGUAUAUGUGGUGAUGAAGCAUAACUAU